UGAGUGCGUGGUCUCCCUCUAUUACACUUCCCUUAUUUAGAACGUUGUCCCCCCGUAUUAUCUUUUCUUUUCGCUCGCUCGCUCGCUUUCUCUUCUUCUCUUUACUUUUUUCGUUUUAACUCGAAAGAAAAUAGGGUUAGGGUUAGGGAUCGGAAUUGCUUGCUCGACCGCUCGCUUGCUCGUCAGCGUUGCUCUUUACGAGAUUCGAAUGAAGGGGAUGAAGGUGGACCCCUUGGAUCGCAAUAGCGACAUCCAACUGCAGCAGCAGCAGCAAGCAAUCAUGGAUCUCUCAAACUCUAGCAGCGGAGAUAGCGGCAACAACUUUGAGUUCGCCUUCAACUGCAGCAAUUUCUCCGAUCGCGUGCUGCGGAUCGAGAUCGUGCCCGAUGCGGCCGAGAGCAAGUCCGUCGGGGAGGGAUGCAGUAGCAUCGCCGAUUGGGCUCGACAUCGAAAGCGGAGGAGGGAGGAUAUCAAGAAGGAGAAAGCUGUUGAAUUUGAUGUCUACAACUCAAACAACUUAGCGAACUAUGACCAACCUGAUACAGAUGAUGCUGUAGCAUGGGAAAACCAUGCUGAGGAAGCUGUUGCAAUGAUUGAAUCUCCGACAGGCAAUGAGCCUUUACAAAGUGAUUCUUCCUCGUGUAUGGACUGUUCCCCAACUGUGAAAUCAAUAUUCAUUAGUUCUGCAAUAUUAGCUGCAAAAAGCCCCUUUUUCUAUAAGCUUUUCUCAAAUGGCAUGCGAGAAUCUGACCAACGCCAUGCCACCUUAAGAAUCAGUGAAUCAGAGGAACCUGCUCUUAUGGAACUUUUGAGUUUUAUGUAUAGUGGGAAAUUGUCAACCACCUCACCUCCUCUUCUGCUGGAUGUGCUGAUGGCUGCUGACAAGUUUGAGGUUGCUUCUUGCAUGAGGUACUGCAGUCAGAAGUUAAGGAGUCUGUCCAUGACUACCGAAUCUGCACUACUCUAUUUGGAGCUCCCUUCCAGUGUCUCAAUGGCCUCAGCAGUACAGCCGUUGACUGAUGCUGCUAGAGAAUUCCUCGCUGACAAUUACCGGGACUUAUCUAAGUUUCAAGAUGAAGUGCUGAAACUUCCUCUUGCUGGCAUUGAGGCAAUCCUUAGCAGCGACAACCUCCAGGUAGCAUCAGAAGAUGCAGUGUAUGACUUUGUACUAAAGUGGGCACGAGCUCAAUAUCCAACAGUAGAGGAGAGAAAGGAAAUUAUAGGAUCCCGUCUUGUUCAUCUCAUUCGGUUCCCGUAUAUGACCUGUAGAAAACUAAAGAAAGUUUUAGCUUGCAAUGACCUAGACAAGGAGGUAUCCAGGAAGGCAGUCCUCGAGGCACUGUUUUUUAAGGCAGAAACACCACAUCGGCAGAGAGCUCUGGCGUCAACCUCGUCUUCUGAAGAGCCAGCAGAUGCACGCAAGUACAUAGAGCGGGCUUACAAGUACCGGCCAGUGAAAGUGGUGGAAUUUGAUCAGCCCCAUCCUCAGUGCAUAGUGUAUCUUGAUCUCAAGAGAGAAGAGUGUUCAAAUUUUUUCCCUGGAGGCCGGGUCUACUCCCAGGCUUUUCACUUAGGUGGUCAGGGUUUCUUCCUCUCGGCCCACUGCAACCUGGACCAGCAGAGCUCAUUCUACUGCUUCGGACUCUUCUUGGGGAUGCAAGAGAAGGGUUCAGUCACCUUCACAGUUGAAUAUGAGUUUGCUGCGAGGACUAGAACAACGGGAGAUUUUGUAAGCAAGUAUAAGGGCCUUUAUAAUUUUACAGGUGGAAAAGCAGUGGGAUACAGGAAUUUGUUUGCAAUCCCUUGGACUUCUUUCAUGGCGGAAGAUAGCCCCUACUUCAUCAAUGGUGUUCUCCAUUUGAAAGCUGAACUAGCUAUCAGGCAACCACAAACGCAGCAGCACUAGCAGAAUGAAGGUUUCAUAUAGUACUUCAUCAAUGUCUUAUACCUAGGUGUAGUUUGUGAGGUUUCAUAGAUUACUCUGUUAUGUUAUGCAGGCAUCAUUAUAUGUGAAAGAAUAUGCAUUUUGAGUAAUUGGUUCCUUUCCUUUUUCUUUUUA